AUGUCUGCAGACAUUUUUUUCAAUGUCAUCACUAGGGAGGGGGAGUGCUACUGGCAUCCAGGGGGUGGAGGCCAGAGAUGCUGCCAAACGCUGUACAAUGCACAAGACAGACCCCCAAAGAAUGCACUAGUGCCCAGUUUGAGAAACUCUUACCUGAGUCUCACCUCAAAUGAAGCUACCAAAGGUACUCGGCUGUGGCCCCAGAGCCCACACCAGGCUCCUUAUUCUCCUUACUCGAGCCCUGCCCGACAUCCACCCGCCUUCGGGGCCGCGCCGGGGGAAAGGAAGCCCCAGAGACGGGGAGGAGCGAGGAGCAGACGCAAACGCUGGAGCCGCUGCAGCCGCCGCCGCCGCCGCCUCUACCGCAGCUUCGGCCCGGUGCGUCCCCUUCUUCCUCACUCCCCGCCGCCGCCCUCCUGGGGCAGGCCCACACAGCACCCUCAGCCGAGCGCGCACAUACAUCCCCACCCUCCUCGCCAGGCCCACUACCCCACGAGGGGAGCUCCGCCGCGCGCGCUGCGGCCGCGGACGAGAGGAAGCAGGGCCGGGGAGCCGGCGGGCCCGGCGAAGGCGACCCCCUCGGGCUGCUCGGGCCGCGGCGGCAGAGGCCGCAGCUCACGACUCUCGGCUCCCCAGGCCCGCCCGCCGCGGCACAGGAAAUGCCGCCGCCGCGGCUCUCCUCACAUUCAAUUCAAACUGUCACUGCCGCCGCCUCCCCUCCCCCCGGGCCUGCCGCCGCCGCCGCGCCCGGGGCCCGCCGUCGCCCCCGCUCCACCUCCUUUCGCCACAGCCCCCCGCCUCGCCUCAGGGCGUUCCCCUCGCCCCGUCAGGGGGCCGCGGAGCCCCCCAGCGUCCCGAGCCGCCGACCCGAGUCGCGACGGCCCAAAGCUGAGACUCACCCAUGGUGCUGCUGUUGACGCUCCUCUCCUCAGCAGCAGCGGAUCUCGCACUGACCGACAUCCCCUCCCCCCUCCGCGACCAGCCCGGGCGCAGCGCAGCCCGCGGAUUCUCCAAAGCCGCCUACGCCGAUUCCGCGGCGUAGCCGCCCGGCGUCGCUGCUCCGGUUACGCAGGCGACAGCAGGCGGACUCCUCCACUGGCUCUCGACCGACUCCUGCUCCCUCCUCCGCCCCUCCGCCCCCUCAGACCAGGCUUCCGGGCCGAGAGGAGACUGGCUUCGAUCUCGCGAGAUUACUUCUUCGCUGCCCCGCCGACUUGCUCGUUUUUCGAGCAUGACUUCAUUGGCUUCAGCGGUGCUUUGCUGGUGGGGUUUAGCCGCCAUGUUAAAAUUGGCGGGAUUUGGCACCUCCGGAGUCAUGGACAGUCAGGCGUGUUUCUUCAACACUGCCCCUAAGGUUAACGCCUUCGUUUGUGAGUGAGAAGCCUGGGGACGCUGAGAGGGAGUGGCCGGUGGGGUGCGAGGGUGUGGUUUUGCCCGAAUCAAAGAUGGCCGCCGUGGGUGCAGCCCAGUGCAAUUUCACGUCAGGAUUUGGAGCCGGGGGAGCCUCGGGGUUGGCUUCAGCGCCUCCUUACGGAAUUGGCGUAAGGCAAAAAGGGGCGCCGCUGGAAGAGGCCAGACUGGGAGGCUACGCUCUGGGCAGAGGCCGCGUCCACGCCUCGGCUCCUAACUACUGACCUGGCGGCAUUUCUCUUGUGAGUGUAUAGUGGGGUUUUCCAGAGACUACAUGAAGUGUGAUAAUCGCAACAGAAUGAAUGCAAACACACAAAUAAUUCAUUGUCUAAUAUUAAGCCAGACAUUAAAGGGAUUUGCAAAAAUGUAAAAAAAUGGCAUGGCACUCUUCAAACUAUUUUGUUGUUGCUUUGCAAGAUAUGGUAAUUUUUCAUAAAUGUGUGUUAUUUAUGUUAACUUUUAGUGGAUUUAUUGUUUUUUAAUGAAUAAAUCAUAUUUUUAAGCUUU